GCGUGUAGAAGCUUGAGCUAAGCUAAUUUAUUUAAUUUGGAUGUAUUUAGCAAACCUAUUUUAUACAAAUAAGCGUAAUCUCAGUGUUUAACAGGUAAAACUGCGUAUUUUUGUUGCAUAACGUCUCUCUUUUUUUUUUUUCUUCGACAUCCCUCUCUGUGGUUUGCGUUGAAACCGUUACAAUGUCCUGCGUCUCAAAACGGCUCCAGUUGAUCACUUUAGUGCACUACGUAGUGCACAAGCCCCAUUGUUUACACAGUGUAGUGAGGAAACAUCGGAUUGAGACGCGACCUCAGGACUUCCGGCUCUUCGGCGAAAGAGUCGGUUCGCUUAUUUUUCCCUCUCUAAAGUGAUGCUCGGAAUAAAAUGAAUGCUUCGGGAGACGAUUAAUUAAAGCUGGACACUUUCUUGUUUUUUUCCCCCUGGAUUAAGUUUUAAAUUAACAAAUAGUUUUAUUUUUCUCUUUCUAUAUUGGUACAUAUUGUUUAAAUGAAUCUUGUAAGAUUUAUGAACAGCCGCGCACCAGCUAAUAAGAGGUAUCAGCCGACCGAAUAUGAGCACGCAGCUAACUGUGCGACACACGCGCUCUGGAUCAUUCCCAGUAUUCUGGGGGGAUUUUUGCUCUACUUCCUCUCUGAUGACCACUGGGAGGAGAUUUCAGCGUGGCUCUAUGGCGCAGGCUUGUCCAGCCUUUUUAUCAUUUCUACAGCCUUCCACACCAUCACCUGGAAGAAGAGCCAUAUGCGGUCUGUCGAGCAGUGUUUCCACAUGUGUGACAGGAUGGUGAUUUACUUCUUCAUAGCUGCAUCCUACACACCCUGGCUGACUUUACGGGAGCUCGGUCCAUGGGCCGCUCACAUGCGCUGGGUUGUCUGGGCGAUGGCCUCUGGAGGAACUGCAUAUGUCUUCUUCUUUCACGAGAGGUAUAAAGUGGUGGAGUUGGUCUGUUACACAGCAAUGGGAGUCUUUCCAGCGAUGGUUAUUCUGUCUAUGGGGGACAGGUCGGGUGUGUGCGAGCUGUUGGUUGGUGGUGGGUGUUACGUGUUGGGGAUGGUGUUCUUUAAAAGUGAUGGAGUGGUGCCCUUUGCGCACGCCAUAUGGCACCUGUUUGUUGCCAUGGGGGCGGGCAUCCAUUACUACGCCAUCUGGAAGUACUUGUACACACCUGGCAAUCAACAGACCAGCACCGCUCGGUGACACACACAUACACACACACACACACACACACACACACACACACACA